AUGCCGCAAGAUCCUCCCGCCUUUCGCCCAUAUUCGCCCCAAGAUCUGUCGUCUACCAUCUCGGGCUCGCCAUGGAGUGCCUCACCAGAAUCCGGAACCAACUACGACUCUGUAUAUGUCCCUGAUGUAGACAGUGGUGACGACCCGGCCGAAUAUGCCGAUACCGAUCAGUUCUUCGAUUCACUACCUCGUCUUUCAUCGCCGGGUGGCACCCUGCCCGAACCUUCGGCGUCGCGCUCGCAAGAACAGCAGUCGCCGCCUUCGACCCAGCAGGAGCAACGCCACCUUUAUCAACUUUCAGAAUCUCCAGAUCCUUUCGGAGACCUCAUCGAUCUGACUCCUCCACGCUCACCUUCACGACCCACGACACAACAGUCACGAAAUACGACGAGGGAGAGUAGUGUGGUUGAUUUGACGGAAUCUUCCCCCACUGUCAACAACACCAACGAUAUGCCACCGAGUAGGAAACGCAAGGCGGAUACUCCAGCGGGCGAACGGCCUAAUAAAUCAUCUCGCGGUGGUGCGGCAUCAGGGAAUCUGGGGGGAUCGCCCACAAGACAGGCAAAGGUUGAGACACCUGAUCUGGUUGAUCUGGUUGAUAUCGACGAUGAUUCGAAAUACGAAGAUUUCAAGUUAAAACAACAGGCUGAGCUGGUCAAGAAGCAACAACAGGAGGAGGCAACUAGACCAGUCAGGCUGGCAGAGUUUCAGUGCAUUAUUUGUAUGGAUAAUCCGACAGACUUGACUGUUACGCAUUGUGGCCAUCUCUUCUGCUCGGAAUGCCUCCACCAAGCCCUCUAUGCAGGCAACGCGAAGAAAUGCUGCCCGGUUUGCAGAACAGCGAUCAACACGACGUUGCAGGGGAAAGACAAGAAACAGCCGAAGAACGGUAUUUUUGCACUGGAAAUGAAGUUGAUGACUGCGAGUAAGAAGGGAAAGCAGCCAGCCAAAUCUCAGGGCGUCCGAUGA